UAAAAAAUUGAACAGAAGCUUGCAAAUCGUCUCCCACGAGAGUUUGUUAGAUUGAUGUGAGACGUUAGGGUCUCCGACUAAGAAGUAGGUAUGAUGAUUUCGAUCGCUAGAAAAGUAGAGAGUUUAGGUCCAUGCCUCCAGCGAACCGCCCACCAAAUCCGGUUCGCAAGAACUGAUGCCCAUUCGGCUCCCCCAGCCCGGAGGCGGGGCAAGUUCGCGGCGGCCAAGCUGAGGAAACCCGACGAGAAGUCGGAGUGGUGGGUGGUCGACGGCGAAAUGCACGAAAUCGGCGACAACGUGCCGCCCAGAGAGAGGUUCGUGAUCCCUAGAGACAACAUCCCUAACAGGCGUCGCAAACAGCUCAGAGACCAGUUCAUGCGCCGGACUCGUCUCGUUAUCAAAGAAUCGGAGCAUGAGCCAUGGUGCAAAAGGUAUAUGGAACUCUAUCAGGAGCUUAGAGAGAAUUGGGAGAGACUUUAUUGGGAUGAGGGCUACUCUAAGAAAAUUGCUCAAACUCACGCAAAUUAUGACUCCGCUGAAGAUGAUGAUCAAGACUUUUCACCAUACAGGAGUAGGCAACCCCAAGCUGAUCAAAUGAAGUACCAAAGUAUGGGGAGAAAUGGCCAAGGCGAUAAUCGGGAAAAGGUUAACCAAAUCCGUGACAAGUUUGAAUAUGACAGAGAGAGAAGAACGAGAGAGAAAGCCUUUGCACCUAUGAACAGAGGAACUGGUUUUGACUCGGAAGAUUCAGCCUCCAAGAAUCAGCCAUUCGACCCUCGUAGAUACUUUCCCCAAGAUGAAAGCGACUGACUGAUGAUGGACUGUCAAAGGUUUAAUGUGAAAAAGUCUGUGGACUCUACUUUUUUCCGACGAGGAACCUCAAGAUUCACAGAUUAUCAUCCUAGCAACAGAGAUCUGCAGCAGAAGCAUCAAGAAGUUAAGGUCUUGAUCAUCAUCUAACAAAUCUGGAGAGGGGGUUUUAAAGACAAUUUGACAACACGUUGCAACCUGAUGACUUCAAACCGAGAUUUACGCUUGGUUUUGCAUAAUUCCAUUAUAGACAUUGUUUGUAUAUGAUUUGGUUCCCAUGGUGUUUUUAUAGUCUUGAUAAAUCUAGAUCAUGGAUGAAAAUGCUUCUAGGAAACAUGGAUGCCAGAAGGAAAAGAAAAUUUAGCAUUAAUUUGUGUUGUUACUACACUAAUUAUGCUCUUCAAUGCAUCAUUUCAAAAGCAUUAUAUAUUGUGGUAACAAUGUUGUACUGAUCAAGAUCUAAUAUAUAUAUAUAUGUAUAUAUAUAUUAAGAGGAAUGAAAAAUUUCUUUGUUUACAA